AAAACAAAGAUAAUGACAUGGCGUGACCUUCCUGUCUAACGUCCUUAGCAGCAAACAAGAUGUUGCUGGAGCCUAUGGCGUGAUGAGGUUUUGGUGGUUGCCUAUGUCUCUCCUUACUGUAGUUAUGCAUUUUCAACUGCAGAAAGCAUUUAUAACUUCAGAUAGUAUUCCAUGUCAGGAAAUACUUUGCCAGGACUGGACUUUACUUCAAACUGUUCUCAGAAAACAAGGUUACAUGUGCAGAUGCUUUAUAGUAAAGUGUGUCUACAUUGCAGAAGUGCGCAAGAUCAAUCAUAUGCCGUGCAUAUGGCUUUACAGAGGACAUCAUAAAAAGAAAAUACAGACUGCAGUAUUACCACCCAAGCUUAUUAGGAGCUUACUAAGAGGGAAGAUGCGUUCAUUAAAACAAGGCAUCACUUCAAAAACAUGUCUUAUAAUUGGUGCAUUCCAUGUUAAAAGAAAGUCACUCACGAAACUGGACAAGCAACCCAAAGAUACACCUUCUUGCUGCACUAUUGACCAUCAUUCUAGUCAAACCACAGAUGGAUUUCUAGGGGAUGCUUUUGAAGACACCCCUGAAAGACGUUUAAGGAAACAGGUGUCAGAUCUAGCUAAGAUGCUAAGUAAUGCUUUCCCAUCUGCUACAUGGUUGAGAAUGUUUAUUAAUCAAAAGGGUUCAACCAUCUGUCCCAUAAACCAGGCUACAAGAUAUUCACCACCGAACCAAGGAGUAGAAAUCAAAAUAAAUGACUUAGUAGAAAGCACUAUGAAAUUUGAGUCAUAUUCUAAUAAUGAUGCUGUCGUCUACAUGGAAAAAAUACUGGUGUUAUUAGGAAUGAGAGUUUUCCAAACGACAGCAAAGGACAGCAUAGUUACAGCAGAGACUAAGACAUUAGAUAAGGUACAAACAAAUGACUCAAUACACAGACACCAGGUUCCACGGAAAACGUUAAGGCAAAAAAGAAGCAUACGGAAGCCAAGGUCAACAACUGUCUUAGCACAGGACGAAUCGAAAGAUGAUGACAAGAUGACCUCAACCAUGUCAUUCAGUCAAACAGUUUUAAAACCACAUAAUGCAGAAGGUAAUACUAAAGAUACAAGCAUAACAGUGAGCUUCAAGACAGAACAUACUGAAAAAAGUGAGUUUGAAAAUCCGGCCACAUCUAGAAAAUAUGCAAAUACUGUCACACUUACAAAACAACAGAUGGGAAUUACAACAGUGCUGACUGAAACAGACUGUACAACAGAACUGGAGAGACCGUCAGCAGAAAACGAAGGAAGUGAGAAGAAAAUAUCUUCAGGGGGCAAAGAAAUCAGGACAAAAGUAGAAGCAGUUCAGAAUACCGCAAAAUUUGGUCAAAAACACCAGGCAAGCUUUGGUGGAAACAGAUUAACGGUGGCAAAAGCAACACUGGAAAAAGAAAACAGCGUAUCUGAUAUAAAUGACAAGCUUGAGAAAGAAAACUCUGAGCAAAGAGAGGACUGGAUAGAAAUGGAGAAGCCAAUCAUGGUAACAAGUCAACCUGACAAUUUAAUGACAAAAGCAUCCCAAACAAAUAAACCAGUGACAGCAACCACAUCCAGAGGGAAUAAACAUACUGGCAUGCUGACAGAAAAAGAGACUGGAAUCACAACAGCGCUUCCUGAAACUGAAUGUACAACAGAAAUUGAGCUACAAACACCAGAAGAUAAAACACCUGUGGAGAGAACAGAUCCCACAUAUGGUGAAAAAUAUGAUGGUUUAAGUUUAGAACGUUUAAAAACAAAAAGUAUGAAUGAAUUACUUACAUCAGCUCCCUCUGGAGCACAUGAAAAUACUGGCAUAGAGACUGAACAUGAGGAAACGACAACAGAGCUUCAUGAAACAGAAUGUAUAACAGAAAUUGAGGCACUAGUAUCAGAAGAUAAAAAACCUGUGGAGAGAACCGAUACCACAUUCAAAGAAAGUCAGUCAGAGCCUGUUGAUUUAAAUAAACAACAUCUUGAAACAGAAGAAACAAAUGAACAAGUGACACCAAACAUAUUAAAAAAAAAUGCAGAUUCACUGGAGACUGAACAAGACAGAAGAAUGACAGUGGAUAUUUCUGAAACUGAAUGUACAGAAAUCAGCUUGUCAACUGCAGAACAAAGAACAUCAUUGGGGAUACCAUCUAAGACAACUGAAGAAAGAUUGACAGUCACAAAUGAAUCAGCUAAACUAAACACUUCCACAAAAUACACAGAAUAUUAUAUUUCAACCAUACAAGAGAUAUUAAUGACAACAGAGACUCUUGAAACUGAAUGUACAACGGAAAUUGAGCUACAAACACCAGAAGAUAAAACACCAGCUACCAGAUAUGAAGAAAGACUUUUAGAACCUGUUCAUUUAAUUACUGGAAAUUCUGAUACAAAAGGUACAGAUGAACCAGUGACACCAAUGACAUCCACAAAAUCAACAGAAGAUUUCAUAUUGACCAGACAAGAGACAUUAAUGACAAGAGAGACUCUGGAAACUGAGUGUACAACAGAAAUUGAUUUGCAAACACCAGAAGAUAAAACACCUGUGAUGACAACAACUAUCACAUAUGAAAAUAAACAUACAGAACCUGUACAUUUCAGCUCAGAAAACACUGAGUCACAAGACAAUACACCAAUAAAUUCCAUAAAGUAUGCAGAUAAUUUCAUUUCAACUACACAAGAGACAUUUACGACAACAAAGGCUCUGGAAACUGAAUGUACAACAGAAAUUGAGCUACAAACACUAGAAACACCUGUGGAGAGAACAGAUAUCACACAUGAAAAAAGACAGUCAAAAUAUAAUAAUUUAAGUUCAGAAUAUCUAACAAAAAGUACAAAUGAACCAGCUAAACUAAGCACUUCCACAAAAUAUGCAGAAGAUUUUGUUUCAAUCAAACAAGAGACAUUAAUCACAACAGAGACUCUUGAAACUGAAUGUACAACAGAAAUCGAACUACAAACACCAGAAACACCUGUGAUGACAACAACUAAAACAUAUGAAGAAAGUGAAGAAAGACUGUCAGAACCUGUUGGUUUAAUUACAAACAAUAUUGAAACAAAAGUUACAAAUGAACCAGUGACACCAGUCACAUCCACAAAAUCUACAAAAGAUUUCAUGUUGACCAGACAAGAAACAUUAAUUACAACAGAGCUUCCUGAAACUGAAUGUACAACAGAAAUCAAGCUACAAACACCAGAAGAUAAAGCAACUACCAGAUAUGAUGAAAGAUUGUCAGAACCUGAUGAUUUCAUUUCCAGAAAUCCUGAGUCAAAAAGUACAAAUGCACCAAUUACAACAACCACUUCCAUAAAAUAUGCAGAUAAUUUAAUUUCAACCAGACAAGAGACAUUAAUGACAAUAGAGCUUCCUGAAACUGAAUGUACAACAGAAAUUGAGCUACAAACACCAGAAGAUAAAACACCUGUGAUGACAACAGCAACCAGAUAUGAAGAAAGAGAGACAGAACCUGUUGAUUUCAUUUCAGAAAAUACUGAGUCAAAAGGUACAAAUGCUCUGUCGAUACCAACAAAUUCUAUUCUGGCUGAUAAUUUAAUUUCCACCAGACAAGAGACAUUAAUGACAACAGAUGCUCUGGAAACUGAAUGUACAACAGAAAUCCAGAUACAAACACCAGAAGAUAAAACAACUACCAGAUAUGAAGAAAGAUUGUCAGAACCUGAGAAUUUCAUUUCAAGAAAUACUGAGUCAAAAAGUACAAAUGCACCAAUAACAACAACCACUUCCAUAAAAUAUGCAGAUAAUUUAAUUUCAACCAGACAAGAGACAUUAAUGACAACAGAUGCUCUGGAAACUGAAUGUACAACAGAAAUUGAGCUACAAACACCAGAAGAUAAAACACCUGUGGAGAGAACAGAUAUCACACAUGAAGAAAGACAGUCAGAAUACAAUAAUUUAAGUUCAGAAUAUUUAACAAAAAGUACAAAUGAAUCAGCUAAACUAAGCACUUCCACAAAAUAUGCAGAUUUAAUUUCAACCACACAAGAGACAUUAAUCACAACAGAGACUCUUGAAACUGAAUGUACAACAGAAAUCGAACUACAAACACCAGAAACACCUGUGAUGACAACAACUAAAACAUAUGAAGAAAGUGAAGAAAGACUGUCAGAACCUAUUGAUUUAAUUACAAACAAUAUUAAAGUUACAAAUGAACCAGUGACACCAGUCACAUCCACAAAAUCUACAAAAGAUUUCAUGUUGACCAGACAAGAAACAUUAAUUACAACAGAGCUUCCUGAAACUGAAUGUACAACAGAAAUCAAGCUACAAACACCAGAAGAUAAAGCAACUACCAGAUAUGAUGAAAGAUUGUCAGAACCUGAUGAUUUCAUUUCCAGAAAUCCUGAGUCAAAAGGUACAAAUGCACAAAUAACAACAACCAUGUCCAUAAAAUAUGAAAAAGAUUUCACUUCAACCAGACUAGAGACAUUAAUCUCAACAGAGACUUCUGAAACUGGAUUAACAAAAGAAACUGAGCUACAAACACCAGAAGAUAAAACACCUGUGAUGACAACAGCCACCAGAUAUGAAGAAAGAUUGUCAGAACCUGAGAAUUUCAUUUCAAGAAAUACUGAGUCAAAAGGUACAAAUGCACCAAUUACAACAACCACUUCCAUAAAAUAUGCAGAUAAUUUAAUUUCAACCAGACAAGAGACAUUAAUGACAAUAGAGCUUCCUGAAACUGAAUGUACAACAGAAAUUGAGCUACAAACACCAGAAGAUAAAACACCUGUGAUGACAACAGCCACCAGAUACGAAGAAAGAGAGACAGAACCUGUUGAUUUCAUUUCAGAAAAUACUGAGUCGAAAGUUACAAAUGCUCUAUCGAUACCAACAAAUUCCAUUCUGGUUGAUAAUUUAAUUUCAACCAGACAAGAGACAUUAAUCACAGCAGAGGCUCUGGAAACUGAAUGUACAACAGAAAUUGAGCUACAAACACCAGAAGAUAAAACACCUGGGAUUACAACAGCUCUCACAUAUGAAGAAAGAGAGACAGAACCUGUUGAUUUUAUUUCAGAAAAUACUGAAUCAAAAGUCACAAAUGCACCAGUGACACCAGCCACUUCCAUAAAAUAUGCAGACAAUUUAAUUUCAACCAAACAAGAGACAUUAAUGAAAACAGAGACUCUGGAGACUGAGUGUACAACAGAAAUUGAGUUGCAAACAACAGAAACACCUGAAACACCUAAAGCAUAUGAAGAAAGACUGUCAGAACUUAUUGAUUUAGUUACAAACAAUAUUGAGACAAAAGUUACAAAUGAACCAGUGACACCAAUCACAUCCACAAAAUCAAAAGAAGAUUUAAUGUUGACCAGACAAGAGAUAUUAAUGACAACAGAGCUUCCUCAAACUGAAUGUACAACAGAAAUCACAUUACAAACACCUGAAAAUAAAACACCUGUGGAGAAUACAGAUGCCACAGAAAGACACUCAGAACAUGAUGUCACACCAACAGAACAUGAAAUAACAUUAGUGCUUCCUGAUACAGGAUGUACGAUAGACUCAACAGAAAAACCUGCAGAUUAUUUGGUGAAACAAGAAAGGAAAGAAAUGAAGCCAACAAUGGCAAUGCCAAGGGUGGAAACUCAAUCACCACCAAGUAUAGAAACAGAAGUGCCAUGGCACGGAGAUGAAGAUGGUUGCACUGGACUAAUUCAUCGGACCAACUCUGGGUUGAAAAGAUGCCAGGAAAAGAUCAUGAAAAUAUUUGAUUUAAAGUCAGAACACCUUGCAACUGAAGGUACGAAUGAAUUAGUUACAGCAACAAAAUAUACAGAAAAUUUAAUUAGGAUUGAAAAUGAAAAAAGAAUGACAACACAGAGUCUUGAAACAGAAUGUAUAACAGAAAUUGAGCUACAAACACCAGAAGAUAAAACACCUGUGAUGAGAACAGAUAUCACACAUGAAGAAAGACAGUCAGAAUAUAAUAAUCUGGGUUCAGAAUAUCUAACAAAAAGUACAAAUGAACCCGCUAAACUAAGAACUUCCACAAAAUAUGCAGAAGAUUUCAUUUCAACCAAACAAGAGACAUUAAUGACAACAGAGACUCUUGAAACUGAAUGUACAACAGAAAUUGAGCUACCAACACCAGGAGAUAAAACACUUGUGGAGAGAACAGAUAUCACACAUGAAGAAAGACAGUUGAAAUAUGAUGAUUUAAUUUCAGAACAUCUCCCAACAAAAGAUACUAAUAAAUUAGUUACAUCCACCCCUUUAAGAAGAGAUGAACACACUGUCAUAGAGACUAAACAUCAAAUGGAAUCGAUAACAGAAGUUCCUGAAAAAGAAUGCACAAAAGAAAUUGAGAUACUGAUACCAGAAGAUAAAAAGCCACCAAGCAAAGAAGCAGAAGGAUCAAUGCCUACAGAUGAAGAUGGUUGCUUUGGACUAAUUCACCGUACCAGCUAUGGGAUGAAAAGAUGUCAGGAGAAGAUGAUUAAAAUUUUAUUAUACAAUACCACACCAAAACCACAAGAGCCUUCAACUGUGAAACAUAGGCAAGAGACUACAGAACAAUUUUUCAUAUCGCAGAAUGCUCUGCAAUCAUCACCUCUGAAUAAUAAUAAUAAUAAGAUGGACAAAGUUAAUGAUGAAGAUGAAAAUAGCCACUUCUACUAUUUCAAUGGCAAGUUAAAAAGAGUUGAAAAUCAUGCAUUGAUACAAGAGCAUGAUAACAACACGUACACUGAACAGACCAUUGGACUUUUAAAGAAUAUUUAAAGUAUUCUGUAAAUGAAACUGUAAUUACUUACAUUAAUUAUGUAAUUGUAGUUAUCUAAAGGGAAAUGACCGAUCGACGACUCACAGCUGGUCGCGCUACGUUACAUUUACAAAGACAUUUAAUCAACCUAUUCAGUUGAAAAAAAGACAUUUCUAAAGUAAGUUUAUGGCAGGUUUUGAUCUACGUUUCUUGUACUGAAGCUAUUACAAAAAUGUAAAAAAUGGUAAAUUAUCUAAUUUCGUUGAUGUCGUUGAUCUAAGACACACAGACAGACAGACAGACAGACAGACAGACAGACAGACAGAUAGAUAGACAGAUAGAUAGAUAGAUAGAUAGAUAGAUAGAUAGAUAGAUAGAUAGAUAGAUAGAUAGAUAGAUAGAUAGAUAGAUAGAUAGAUAGAUGAAAGGAAAAGCGUUACCAGAUGA